GCGAGCCACAUGUGUACUGGGCCGGCGUGAAAAAUAAUGCUAAGAAAAUAUGAGCCCGAAAUUCGAAUGCGCGAACCCAAUGCCUGCCAAGAACUUAAUCUCGAAAUGGCUGCGAGCGAAACAGGGGAAACAUAAACAGCUACCAUGCCGCUAGCGACCGUGUAGCCACUAGAAAAAUAUGAACGCGUCCACAUCGGACGUAGUGGUGGCACAGGGCCAGCUGCAUGACGUCAUCGUACCCACCGCCGCCUACAACUCGGUGCUCGACUUCAACCUGACCUUCGACAACUCGUCAGAGUUCAACUUCAGCGACGGCUCCGUGGAGCACUGGAACGACUACAUCAAGCUACUCCAGGACCGCGCGGUCCUCGUGAGCUUCCUUCUCCUAUUCUCUCUGACCACGGUUUUCGGCAACAUGCUGGUGAUCCUGGCUGUGGUCCGGGAGAGGUACCUGCACACCUCCACCAACUACUUCGUGACGUCACUGGCGGUCGCCGACUGCCUGGUCGGCCUCGUCGUCAUGCCGUUCUCCGCCCUAUACGAGGUUCUGGAACACACUUGGUUCUUCGGCGUCGACUGGUGCGACGUCUGGCGCUCGCUCGAUGUGCUAUUUAGCACUGCGUCGAUAUUGAACCUGUGCGUGAUAUCCCUGGACCGGUACUGGGCCAUAACGGACCCGAUAACGUAUCCGAUGAGGAUGAGCGGUCGGAAGGCCGCGUUCCUCAUAGCGGCCGUGUGGGUCUGCUCCGGGGCCAUAUCGUUCCCGGCGAUCGCGUGGUGGCGAGCGGUCAGAGUCGAGGAGGUGCCCGACUACAAGUGCCCGUUCACGGAAAACUUAGAAUACAUAAUAUUCUCGUCGACGAUAUCGUUUUACUUGCCGCUGUUCGUGAUGGUGUUCACGUAUUACCGGAUAUACCGGGCGGCGAGCAUACAGACGCGGUCGCUGAAGAUGGGGACGAAGCAGGUGAUGACGACGCGAGGGGAGCUGGAGCUGACUCUGCGAAUCCACCGCGGGGGCACGGUGCGGCAACGCAGCGACGCCUGCCACGGCGCCUGCACGCCAGACGACGCUGACCAGGAACCACUGACAGCUUUACAAAACAACGGCAUGUCGCGUUCUUCCACCAGGCUCACCAACGUGACGAAUCCAAAGCAUUUACCCAAGAACUUUUCGCUGUCGCGCAAGCUGGCAAAGUUCGCGAAGGAGAAGAAGGCGGCAAAGACGUUGGGGAUAGUGAUGGGUGUGUUCAUAGUGUGCUGGUUGCCGUUCUUUGUGGUGAACCUGCUGUCGGGCAUCUGCUCGGCGUGCAUCGCGCACGAGGAGGUGGUCAACGUGGUGGUCACGUGGCUCGGCUGGGUCAACUCUUCAAUGAAUCCGGUGAUCUACGCGUGCUGGAGCCGGGACUUUCGGAGGGCGUUUCUCCGGAUACUCUGCGUGUGCUGUCCGAGGAAGCUGCGACGGAAGUACCAGCCGCAACUCCGCUCCAAGCAGUCGCAGUAUCCAGUCACAACAAUGAUGUACUCUUCGGUGUCGCAGCACGAGAUGUGCCGGUUGUGACGUCAGGCGCGCGCGGGGACGUGCCGCCCGCGCGCCUGCUGCUCCUGAUGCAGGGAGGCCCCCGGCCGCCCCCGCCGCCCCCGCCGCAGCCCCCACAGCUUCGAAGAAGCCCACCAGGAAGCCGCCCCAUACUGCCCCGACUCUGAGUCCGAGGUAGUGAGCCUAGAGGGGGACAGUAGACCGCCGUCGGUCAAGAGUAGUAAUAAGAAGAGAGUGACGUACCAGACUAAGGCGGAUGUUGUAAAUAGUUAGUGUGUGACGUGUGUGUGCUUCUAGUCGUGUCGUAGGGCUGUGGUCGGGGACUGUCCUGUAGUUUAACAGGUGCUUAGUGGUAUCCUCUGGAAUGGCUGGGGUAUUAAGAGUAUCUUUGUAUAACUAAAAUUAUCAAUUUUAUUGUCAAGUUUAGUCUAACUCCGAA